CUUCCAGCAAGGAUAUUACGUCUGCAUGUGUCAGAGGGAGUCAGGGCGAGUCUUGACUGCAGGCGUCGUCAUUGCAACCAGGAUGCGCAUCAGUGAGACUAGAAGCCUUCACCUUUUUCCUACAGAUUUAUCACAAUCAAGCGCCUGGAAAUAAAAGGGAGAGCAACAAAGAAACAGCAGCUGUGCACAAACGUGACAGGCCAGUUUUAAUCUCUGCUCUUCGAGCUUUUUCCGCUAAAACCCAUCGUUUGCCCGGACGCCAGCCCACCAUGUCUGGGAAGGAGCGCAGCCCCCGCCACCGGCCGUGGUCGGUCUACCGGGCCAACACCUUUGAUCUCUCAGCGGAGAUGAUGGGGCUAGCGCUCUCAGGCAGCAGUCAAGAUCCAGAUGAACCAGUUCUGGAGUUCAGUGUGGCCUGCAGUGAGCUGGUCACGCCCUCUCUGGACCGCAAGCCGACCAGCUUCGUGGCCGUCAGCUGCACCACACCGCCGCAGGCCUUUUGGACGAAGCACGCCCAGACUGAAAUCAUAGAGGGCACCAGUAAUCCUAUCUACCUGAGCAGCAUAGCGUUCUUUCUGGACUCGCUCAUCACCCAGCAGACUCAGGUCAAACUCUCCGUCUAUGAUGUAAAGGACCGAUCACAGGGCACGAUGUACAUGCUUGGGUCAUCCAUGUUUUCUGUAAAGGAGCUGCUGCAGGACAAACACCACAGACUGCACUUGACUCUAAGAUCAGCAGAGAAUGAACGUGUGGGCAACAUCACAGUCAUCGCCUGGCAAAUAGAGGAGAAGCGUGAACAGAGAGCACCAGUUGCAAGAUUGCAGCGGGGGGAUACAGUCAAUGGAAGGAUGGUUCUCCCAGUCGAUGAAAGCCUAACCGGAUCCAAGGCUAUAAAAUCCAAGUGUUCGUCUUUAUGUAAAGAUCCGAUGCUGAAGGCAGUUUUUGGAGGCGUGAUGUCUCGGACGUAUCGUUUCCCAACCACGGAUGGAAACCACCUUCGCGUCCUGGAGCAGAUGGCUGAAAGUGUCCUCUCCUUGCAUAUUCCACGCCAGUUCGUCAAACUGCUCCUGGAGGAGGACGCUGUGAGGGUGUGUGAGCUGGAGGAGCUGGGCGAGCUCGCUCCAUGUCGGGAGAACCUCAGGAGGCAGAUCAUCACUCAGUACCAGACUAUCAUCCUCACGUACCAGGAGACCAUAAGUGACCUGCAUGAAUACAAAGGACCUUCGUUUAAGCCCAGCACCUUAAAAGCUGAGAGGAAGUUGGAAUUCAUUCCCACCAACCUGCACAUCCAGAGGAUGAGAGUACAAGGAGAGACGAGUUACGACUGGACGUAUGACGUCGUGACCAUAGGGGCUCCUGCAGCACAUCAUCAGGGCUUUAAAGGCUGCGGCCUCAGAAAACUGCUGCACAAGCUUGAAGAAGCCAGGAAACACACUUAUGAGGAAGAAAGCUCUGCUGGCUUCGGCUCAAAAGGAAUGACCUACCAGCCUCAGGAUGUCGUUAAAGCGAAGGAGCUGAUUGCUCAGAUUAACACUCUGAAGACGCAGGUGUGUUACUACACCGAACGUUUGUCCAGAGCCGCCAAGGAACGCUCAGCCAACGCUCUAGAGAGAACUCUGGCAAUCCUAAUGGAGAAGACCCGUCAGUUGGUGACAGUGUGCGACUCCAAGCUGCUGUCAUCAGCCAUCGUUGCCCUUGCUGCUGCCCGCCCACAGUUUUCGCAGCAAAGCACCCCAUCCCCUUCCUCCUCUUCCCUCUCACCUUCUUCUCGCUCUCCAUCCCGUUCCCCCUCUCGCCAUCCCACCUCACCUUCCCGCUCAGCCACUUCUCCGUCGAGACAUGCAGCUCCUCCAGAGGGCAGCGAAGGGAGCAAAAGCAAGCGUGCCUCGACGCACUCUGACUAUCAUGAGGAAGAGUGGGAAAAGGUUUGGUUAAAUGUCAAUAAAAGCCUAGAGUGUGUGAUCCAGACGGUGGACCGGCUGCUGCAGAGAGACAAACUCCAGAGCGACAGCAGCUCUGAGGACGUCUUUCUGCUCGUCAACGAAGUGCCGAGUAGCACUAAGAAAGAAAGCAGUCCAGAAGUUGAGAAGAAGUCUCCAGGCGAAUGGAACGAAGUGCUGUAUCCCCUCCUCACCACCCUGACAGAAUGUGUGUCUCUGAUGAGCGACAAAGCAAAGAAAGCCUUGGUGUUUCUGCUGAUGCAGGACAGCGCCCCCACUAUCGCCAUGAGUCUCACUAUGCAGUAUCGUCGCGACGUUGUUUUCUGCCAGACGCUGACGGCGCUGAUCUGCGGCUUCGUUCUCAAGCUGAGGAACUGUCUCUGCGACUCGGGCUUCCUGCGGCAGCUACACACCAUCGGCCUAUUGGUUCAGUAUGAGAGUCUGCUCAGCACCUACGGGGAGGAGUUGGCCAUGCUGGAGGACAUGAGUGUUGGUGUGAUGGACCUGAGGAAUGUCACCUUUAAGGUUACCCAGGCAACCUCUGGUUUCAGCCCUGACAUGCUGCCAGUGAUCACAGGGAACAGGACUGGAUUUAACGUCAGGGUUCCCAUGCCCGGCGUGAUGUUCGACACGUUGCCCAGAGAGAUCCAGAACGGGAUGCUGCUUCGGGUGCAGCCCAUCCUGUUCAAUGUGGGGAUCAACGAGCAGCAGACAUUGGCGGAGAAAUUUGGAGACACGUCGCUCCAAGAUGUCAUCAAUAUGGAGAACAUGACUCGCCUCAGUUCAUAUUAUGACCAGUUCAAAGAAGUCCUUCCAGAAGACUGUCUCCCUCGGACCCGCAGCACCACUACUCUGCCUGACAUCCUCAAGCUGCUGAGUCAGAAUGUGAACGCCAAAAAAAGCAAGAACGUAGAAAUCCUGUGGCAGGCAGCCGAGGCAUGUCGGCGCCUGAACGGUGUCCGCUUCACCAGCUGUAAAAGCGCCAAGGACCGCACAGCCAUGUCGCUGACCCUGGAGCAAUGUCAGAUCCUGCAGCAAGAGCACGCCAUGGCGCCGCAGGUCUUCUACCAAGCCUUGGAUUGCAUGCGUAGUGAGGGCUGCAGGAGGGAGAACACCAUGAAGAAUGUGGGAUGUCGAAAAUAUGCCUUUAACUCUCUUCAGCUCAAGGCCUUCCCCAAACAGUACCGCCCCCCAGAAGGGACGUACGGGAAAGUUGAGACCUAAAUGGACUGAUAUAUGAUGGAAUCAAAAAAAAACUGAUAUUAGAGACUGAAAAAAUUAUACAUAUAUAUGUUUUAAAAAAAAACAACAAUAUCAAACAGAAUUGACACAGCAGCUCGUGGUUUUGUGUUUAUUUCGUGUUAGGAUAAUCAGUGUCCAAGUGCCGGUUCUGUUGCAUUGUUUUCAAAAUGUUUCCUGCCCCCAUCUUAGCUUUGCUUCUAGAAUCACAAUUCACAGCUAACAUGAGGAUUUCUGUGUCACAUUGUAGGCUGUGUCAUGGCUGCACCAGCUGUAGCAUCUGGAGGUUUGCAGCCGUGCUGGAUCAAUAAUAUUAUAAUUUCUGUCUGAAAAAUCACAUAAAAUGUGUUUAUAUGAGAGACAGACUACAACACAGGAAAAAACUACAAACCACUUCACGGAUUUCUUCUGUGUUUUUAUUAUUAUUAUUAUUAUUAUUAUUAUUAUUAUUAUUAUUAUUAUUAUUAUUAUUAUUUCUGUGUCUCAUUUAAAUGUUUCAGAAAAAAAAUCCUAAAUAACAUGGCUCUUUGUGGUCUAGUCCAAGUCCAGACUUAAAUCAGACUGCCGUGAGACCUCAAACAGGUCCUGAAAUGUGUCAGAAUUACAACAGUUCUGCAAAAAAGAUCAGGCCAAUUUUUUUCCCCUAAGAAAUGUAACUUAGUACUUAAUGGAAAUGUUAUAGAGGUCAUUGCUACCAAGGAUGGCACAUGCAGAUAUUAUGCUUAUUAGGUUUACAAAGGUUUUUUGUAGUAAUUGACUUUUUUUCCUUAAUUGAUUAGUAAUAUAAAAUAACUUUUAAAAAACUGUAGUUUUUAAUUUGUCUGAUAUUAAAAUCUGUUUGAUAAUCUGCAACAGUUAAUUUUGAUAAUAAUAAAAACAGAAUAAAUCUGUUAGGGGUAAAUACUUUUGCACUGUAUGGCACCCGUUUGUCCUUGUCAACACUGUUAUUAUUGGAUGUCAUCUAAAUAGCUGGUAUAACAACACACAAACUUUGUUUUAUUUUUUACUUUCAACAAGCAUUAACAAAAGCCUUAUUAUAUUGGUUAUUUAACUGUGUCGUAGAGCCUGCUGACUUGAUUCUCCAUAAGUAAAAACUUCUGUUACUGAGCACAGCUGAGUUGUUUUAGGGAGGAACUCCAAAACUGCAUAAAGUUAAUAGAGACAUUUUUUGAUAAUUAUCUUUAGAAGCUUCAAAAAUAAGCUCAACUAAAGAACUCAAGGCAAGCGUUUGGACAUCCUGAAGGGUCAUCCUAAUUUAUCUUCUCUAUGCAAGCAAGCAAGUCUUAAUAUUUGCUUAAACUGUGUAAACCUUUCAUCACUACUAUUUGAAAGUGUUUUCUACAUUUAGGCAUGCCUUAGGUUUUAGAGUUGCAGCAUGAAAACCUUCUCUGGCUCUAUUUAGUUGUUGAAUUGUGGAUUUAGACUUGUGCUUUGUUGGAACCGUCUUGUUUUCAUCUUUAUGUGGAAGCUAUAACACUUCCUUUAUUAGCGAAUAACUGCCCAGCCAAUCGCACAAAAGCAAUUGAAUUUAUUUGAACAUUUAGAUGUGGUCAAAAUAACUUGCUGAGCAUCAGAAUGGUUCCAAUCCAGAAGGGAUUUCUAUAUUGGAAACUGGAAAAUUGCCAAGCCGCUUGAGGCCUUUUGUAGCUUUCUUUUCUUUUUCUUUUUUUGUAUGAGAGGGGAAAAAUAAAGUUAUAAAGAGUUGACGUAUUUGUUAAGAUUCGUAAUUGGAAUCACCUCCCAUCCAAACAGUAUGGGAGGUAUAUAUUUUGGUAUAUUGCUGUAUAUCGGUCAGUACUUGAAAUAUGUUGAAAAUUGAAGUUGUUUUAUCCAGAAGGCCCAGUCUAAAUUAACUAAGGCAAUUCUUCCAUUUAGAUAUCUUCAUGCAGGCAUUUUUUUUUUUUUAUUUUAGUCAAAUUUUAGCUUUUUUUAGACAAAUAGCGACACCUUUACAGUAAAAUUUUGCUUCAGAAGUGAGUUUUUCUUAUUAUGUUGCUAUAUGAGCCAAAUCUUUGACAUCUUAGAAAUGUGAUAUGCUGUUUGGUUUGAUUUUAAAUUUUAAUUCCCAUUAUUUCUGUUGUUUGGCUCUUUAACUUUGUGCUUUUGGAGUUCGUCUUCUACUUGGUUACAGCUGGCAAGAUUUUGACUGGUGGUGCACUUACUGUAUAUCAUGUACAAACUACAGUGUUGAUCCACUUCUUAAUACUUAAUAAGUCUAGGACCAGCAGUACAGGUGCAGAAAAGAUGGAAAUUAGAAAAUAAACAUUCUGUUUUUAAUAAUUUUGUGCUAUUUGCUCACAGUCAACAGAAAUCAAAAGUCACACCAGCAAAACUUGACUAAUAGACUGGGUUCAUGGCAGAUGUGUGUAGUAAAAUUUUUCCAAACACUGAGUCAGAUCAGAUAAGACACUGUCAUUUAGAGAUGCUGACAUGUUUCACUGCGUUUAGUUUAUAUCCAUCAUAAGCAGCAAUGCAGAUGAUCUGCUUCGGUACCAACUCAGAAACCUUCCUCUGGACCUUGCAGGAUGACAGCUGUUGAAGAAUUUAUUAGCUUUAUGUCAGUUCUCAUUUCUCUAAUACAACUUUUCAUCACUUUUGACAAUAAGCGCACAAAUGUUCUGGGGUCCUUUUAUACACUUUCUUUCACAAAACUGUUAAUUUUACAAGUUACAGCUUCUCAAUUAUAAGUUAACGAAUGCUAAGCUUUUGGAUUCUACUUGCAUGAAGAUUAAGUAAACUUCAGCUAUAAUGUGCUGCCUUUCAGAUUUCCCAUAAAUCUGGAAAGCCUGAGUUACAACAAAUACCAGUAACAGUUUCAUUUAUCAGCUCUGGUCUUCAGAAUAUUGUAUGUUUUUCUGAGUAAUGGAUCAUAUUUUUAGCUAUUUUUUCUCCUUUAAGAGUAUGUUCACCUGUUACUGAUAGAAUAUGACUUUAUUUUAGUAGUACAUGCCCACAACAAUGGCACAGUGCUCUACCCACUGAGAAUGGAUUAAAACUGAAUAAUGAAUAAAGGACUGUUGAAACCA